AUGCCAAUUUUUGGAGAAACACCAUCACCUUAUGAUGAAUCCGUUGAGAAAGUUACUGCUGAAACAUGUACUGCCGAGAAUUGGACACUGAUUCUUGAUAUAUGUGAUCGAGUAAUUGCUGAUCAAAAUAAAGGAGCCAAACUGUGCUUGCUUUCGGUGAAGAAAAGAUUAAAUCAUCGUGAUCCACAUGUUGUUUUGCUGGCCUUGUCUUUGUUGGACUCCUUGUGGAGUAAUUGUGGGAUCGCAUUUAGACGUGAAGUUUCGUCGCGUGAAUUUUCGCAAGAAUUAAAUUUCAAAGCUACACAUAGUAAUCGUUCAAUCGGUGAAAAAACACGUUCGAUUAUUAAGAAAUGGUCCGAAAAUGAAUGUAAACAGGAUGCAUCUUUGGGUUUGAUUGAAACUCUGUACAAAAAUCUUCUCGCAGAAGGAUAUUCAUUCGAAACAGACAAAUCUUGUUCUUUAAACACUGAUUCGAAUGCCGUGCGAAGCGCAGAAGAGGAAGCAUUAGUUCUUGCUAUAGCGAAGUCCCUGCAAGAGACAUCGAUACGAAACGAUCGUUCAUCCUCUGUUUAUCCACCAGUAACAUGUGCAACUGUGUAUUCGUCUAUACCAAAGCCAGAACGAGAUGUACGAGCACUGUACGACUUUGAAGCUGCUGAGGAUAACGAAUUGACAUUUUCGGCAGGCGAUAUAAUUACUGUCAUAGACGAUAGCGAUUUGAAUUGGUGGAGAGGUAGAUCCAAUCGUGGGGAAGGCUUGUUUCCAGCAAGCUUUGUGACAUCUGAUUUGUUACCUCAAGAAAGUGAACCGCUGGUCAAGGAAAAGGCACUUUCUUUAGCUGUUUCUGUAGCAAGAAUUGAUAAAAAAGUGCUGGAAGAAUGUCUUCGUGUACUUGAAGACUGUGAUCCAACAGGAGAAAGACCAGAUCCACCUGAACUCGCGGAUCUGGAACAACGAAGUUUAGCUCAAGCUCCAUUAAUAGACGCACGAUUAGCAGAAAUUGACAGGCAGCAUAAUGCUUUGGCACAAGUGGAUAUUGCAAUAAGGGAUGUAUUAUCAAUGUAUGAUCGAGCUGUGCAGCAAGCGCAAUACCAGGUAUCGAUGCAACAGCCGGCAGGACAACCAAUGUAUAGAUAUCAGGCACCUGAAGUAUCGACGCUACCAACAGUAUCAUCAGGAGGGCAGUGGAGCACUGCUCCAGCAGAAAAUAUACCUAUAUAA